AUGGACCAGCCCCAACGAGGCAGCGGGUCACGCAAGUUGGAAUUGAGUAAUCGGCGGCGCCAGGUCCUGGGCGACAAGCCGCCGGGACCACCAGCCGGCCAAUCUGCACCGCUGCCGGUCGCACAACCCCAGCAACGAGGCGCCCGCGGAGGCAUCCGCCUCGGCCCCGGAAUGCGCGGAUCGCCCGGUCCGGUGGAGCGUGCUUCCCCUGGCCCUGCGCUGACGGGCAUUGGCCCCCCGCGGAAUCACACUUCGAAGCCGCUGAAUCUGUGCCCUCCCUGCCUCCACAACGAACAUCACCCUUGGCAGAAACAAAUCGUGUUGGGCCCAGCUGGGCCCCGUGCAAUCCCGGGGAGCAGCGGGACCACCGCCGUCCCGUCUCAGCUGCAAUAG